CAACUGCGUUGUUGUCUGAAGCAUCACCUCAAGCCAUAAGCAAGUGGAUAUAUAUAAUAUAUAAAUGAACGAACGAGGAGGGAGAUAAGAGAGGCAAGUACAGAAAUGGCGAUGUUAUGCAUGAGCAUCACACCAAGUCUCACUACUCCUCCUACUUCAACAGCAACAGUGGAAGUCAACAAGGCAAAACAAGUCAAGUCAAGAGUGUUGAUUCUUGGAGCCACUGGUAGAGUUGGUGGCUCCACUGCCCUUGCUCUUUCUAAAUUAUCUCCGGAUCUUCAGCUCCUUCUCGGUGGCCGCAACAAGGAUAAAGGGGAGUCUAUGGUGGCUACAAUAGGAGCCAACUCUGAAUUUGCUCAAGUGAACAUUGAUGAUGCAAAAUCACUGGAAGCAAUUUUAAGUGAUGUAGAUCUUGUAGUACAUACUGCAGGGCCUUUUCAACAGGCAGAAAAGUGUAGUGUGCUGGAGGCUGCUAUACGGACACAGACAGCAUAUAUGGAUGUAUGUGAUGACACAAGCUAUGCAUUUCGUGCAAAAUCAUAUAUGGAUAAGGCGGUGGCUGCCAAUAUUCCAGCAAUAACAACUGCAGGAAUCUAUCCAGGAGUAAGCAAUGUGAUGGCAGCAGAGUUAGUUCGUGCUGCACGAAGUGAAAACAAGGGAGAACCUCAGAGGCUAAGAUUUUAUUAUUAUACGGCAGGUUCUGGUGGUGCUGGCCCAACAAUAUUAGCCACCAGUUUUCUACUUCUUGGAGAGGAGGUUGUUGCUUAUAAUAAAGGAAAAAGGAUCGAACUAAAGCCGUAUACCGGAAAGCUGAAUAUUGACUUUGGAAAGGGGAUCGGAAAGAAAGAUGUUUAUCUAUUGAACUUGCCUGAAGUAAAGAGCACUCACGAAAUAUUAGGAGUACCAACUGUAAGUGCUCGAUUUGGUACUGCGCCAUUUUUCUGGAACUGGGGAAUGGUUGCUAUGACAAAGCUUUUUCCUAUGGAAUUCCUAAGGGACAGAAAUAAAGUUCAACAGUUGGUGAAAUUAUUUGAUCCUUCAGUCCGUGUGGUAGAUGGAAUAUCUGGAGAACGUGUCUCAAUGAGAGUCGAUCUGGAAUGUUCCGAUGGACGCCACACGCUAGGCUUAUAUAGUCACAAGAAACUAUCUGUAUCGGUUGGAGUUUCCACAGCUGCAUUUGCCCUUGCUAUUCUUGAGGGUAGCACACAACCUGGGGUUUGGUUCCCGGAGGAGCCUGAAGGAAUUGCUGUUGAGGCUAGGGAGGUUCUUCUGCAACGUGCAUCACAAGGAACUAUCAAUUUUGUUAUGAACAAGGCACCAUGGAUGGUAGAGACAGAUCCUAAAGAGGUCAUAUUAGGAAUUUAUGUGUGAUACAAGUUAUGCUAGUCAAAUGUUCCUCCAUUUUUUACCACAGGUCCCCAAGCUAAAUUUCAGUAAAGCACACCAAAAUAUAAAUUUUGAAAUGAGCCGAACUUUGUAGUAUCAUUGAUUCGGAAGUGGCAGAGAAUAUCUUGACUAACUUUGUCGUAGAUAUGUAUACCCUAUCUGUUACACUUUUCUUAGCAAUCUUAUGAAUCUUCAUAAGGUGCUACCAGGACUGAUUAGUUAUAGUGUAUAAAAUGUAGUAUGUAUAUUGGUUAACCUUGUUGUGUAUAAUUGAUUCUGUAUAAUUGGCCAAAUAACAUAAAAGGAUGAACUAAUUCCCCCUGCAUUUGUAA